UGUUUUAAACAAUAUUACAAAAUAUAAUUGAUGAAAUUAAAGUAACUAGUUAUUAUUUUUAAGUUUUAUUUAUCUUAAAAAAUUCAUAGUGAAUAUUUUACUUCUUAGGAAAUUAUUUGAGUGAUAGCGCUAUUUGUUAAGCCGUGUAAAUCACAAAGAAGUAAAAAAGUUAUGAUUGCUAAAUGAGUACUGAACAGUACUCUUAAAAUAAAUGUGAAAAGAACACAACUGUGAUGGAUUGUUAUGUGAACUUAUUCCUGUGAUAAGUGACUUAUCAAGUUGUCGUUAUAAACACAAUUUGAUCUGAAAACGAAUCUGUAGAUAUAAACAAAAUGUACACACAACGAUCGAUUAUUCUACGACUAUGUGUUUGGGUGAGCUUGGCUGCGUUGUGCUGCGGCCAGCGCGCUGAGCAGCUGUUGGCGCAGAACCCUUGCUACAGCAAGACCACGUGCAGUGACUGCAUCCGUACGCCCAGCUGUGCGUGGUGCUUCGCAGCAGAGUUCAACGGCCCGAGAUGCUUCAACCCAGCCAUGGAGAGGGGCGGCACCGCUGGAUGCAAUGAAGCCUUCAUUUUCAAUCCAGACAACCAACGCACUAUCGACCCUAGAUACAAUUUGGAACUAAGCAGAGCCACGUCCAGAGCGGGUAUGGUGGCAGGCUCAUUCGAGGAAUCCUAUAGCUCGAAGGGCAGCAGUUUCUCAGCGUCAGGUUCGUCGGCCGCCGCUGCCGGAGCCGCUGGCGCUGGUGGCGAGAGCCUGGUACAGAUGAGGCCACAGAGAGUCAACCUGAACUUAAGAAUGAAUCAAAUGCAAAAGCUGACAUUCGCUUACUCCCGGGCGCAAGAUUAUCCAGUAGACUUGUACUACCUUAUGGACCUCAGUAGGUCUAUGAAGAACGACAAAGAGAAGCUGAGUACGUUGGGCAGUCUGCUCUCAGCCACCAUGAGGAACAUGACUUCCCAGUUCAGAAUAGGUUUCGGUUCAUUUGUAGACAAACUAGUCAUGCCUUAUGUGUCUACCGUGCCUAAGAACUUGAUUUCGCCUUGCGAUGGUUGUGCAGCGCCUUAUGGAUACCAGAAUCAGAUGUCUCUCAGUACAGAUACAAACUUCUUCGAGCAAGCGGUAGCUAAUGCUGACGUGUCAGGUAACUUGGACGCGCCUGAAGGAGGUUUCGACGCCAUCAUGCAGGCCGUUGUGUGCAAGCAACAGAUCGGCUGGAGAGACCAGGCUAGGAGACUUCUUGUCUUCUCCACUGAUGCUGGAUUCCAUUAUGCUGGAGACGGAAAGCUCGGCGGUAUCGUCCAGCCUAAUGACGGCGAAUGCCACAUGAAGGACAAUACAUACACACACUCGACACUACAGGAUUACCCUAGCAUCUCACAAAUUAAUCAUAAGGUAAAGAAGCACGCCAUCAACGUGAUAUUCGCGGUGACAGCGGAACAGAUCAGCGUGUACGAACAACUGAGCAAGCACAUCGAGGGCUCCAGUACCGGCGUGCUCAGCAAUGAUUCCGACAACAUCGUCGAUUUAGUCAGAGAACAGUACAAUAAAAUUACAUCAACGGUGGAAAUGAAAGAUUCAUCAAGCGACGCCGUGCAAAUAGUGUAUUACUCAUCCUGUCUCACUGGCAAAGAUCCGAUACAGACCAACAAGUGCGACGGAUUGAAGGUGGGAGAUGUAGUAGAAUUCACAGCUGAGAUUACGCUGAAGGAAUGUCCCAAAGACCGCAAAAAUUGGAAGCAGACUUUCGAGAUCUCUCCCGUCGGUAUUUCUGACAGCCUCACCGUUGAUCUGGAGAUGGUUUGCGGCUGCCCCUGCGAACUGCCGGAUCACCAUGCCUACAACGACAGCCCAUUAGUAUGCAGCGGCGAAGGUGUCUCAGCUUGCGGAGUAUGCGUGUGCCACCCGGGGCGGUUCGGCAAGAACUGCGAGUGCUCCGCGGCGGGCGGCGUGUCGGCCGAGCAGGAGCGCGGCUGCCGCCCCACCAACGCCAGCACCGGCCCGCUCUGCUCCAACCGCGGCACCUGCAUCUGCGGCGUCUGCGAGUGCAACAAGAUGGAUGAUCCGCUCAAGGUGAUAUCAGGUCCUUUCUGCGAGUGCGACAACUUCACAUGCGACAUGAACAAGGGGCUGCUGUGCUCCGGGCCCGAGCACGGCGAGUGUGUGUGCGGCAAGUGCAGCUGCACCCCCGAGUACACCGGCCCCGCCUGCCAGUGCCUCAAGGACCAGACGCCGUGCCGCUCGCCUGAAAACAACGAAAUAUGCAGCGGUCACGGAAAAUGUGUUUGCGGUCAAUGUGUGUGCGAUGUUGGCGACGAUCGUCAUUACUCCGGCAGAUACUGUGAGAAGUGUCCUACGUGUCCCGGCCGUUGUCAGGAGUUCAAAGACUGUGUACUGUGCGAGGUACACAAACGCGGAGAGCUGUACAACGCCGAUAGGGACGACUGUGGAACUUGCGCAUACUUCCCCAUUAUUGAAGAAGGCAAAAUCGAAGCCAACGAAUCUCGAAACGAGCACUUGUGCAGUUUCUACGACGAAGAAGACUGUCUGUUCGUGUACGUGUACUCCUACAAUGACAACCAGCAGCUCGUGAUCAGGGCUCAGAAGGAACGGGAAUGUCCUAAGAAGGUACCUAUUCUGGGCAUUGUGCUCGGUGUAAUCGCAGCCAUCGUGUUGGUGGGGCUCGCGUUACUGAUGCUGUGGAAGAUGGCCACCACCAUACAUGAUCGCAGGGAGUUCGCACGCUUCGAGAAGGAACGCAUGAUGGCCAAGUGGGACACGGGCGAGAACCCCAUCUACAAGCAAGCGACGUCAACCUUCAAGAAUCCCACAUAUGCUGGAAAAUAGUAAUGUUGUGGAACAAUAGUCAACUACUAUGUGAAAUAGUCGUCUCAAAUAUACUGUAACUACGCCGCAUUUAUAAAGUAAUCAAGUUGUCAGUAUUCAAUGAAAUUUUGUUUUUAUAGAAUUUUUAUUAAAACAUUAGGAAACUUUAGGAAGUUGCCUUAAAAAUGUGCCUUUUUCAUAGAAUUUAAUUAAACAGUAAGAUUACAUAAGAAACUGCACAAAAUGCUAAAAUGUUUAUGAACUGCCUACUUGAUUGCCUUUCAACAUUAUAUUUUGAAAUUAUCAUGUAUCUAUCUACAUUUUCGUAGAGUUAUAAACGCAUCAGUCUGUAUUUAUGCCUUAUAUUUAUAUAAUAAAUAAUUGAUUUUAUAUAUUGUAGGAAGGUCUGUUUAAUCUCAGGAUGUACGCUUUUUGUACUUAGUGUGUAUGUCGUAUGUACUUAUGUGUUUGUGUGUAGCUUUGUCCUUUGCAUCGUGUGGCGGCGUGCUACACGUCGCUGUGCACGACUCGCACGCGUGACGUCACGCCACGCACGAUAGGUUGUAGUUUAGAGCUUUAUACAUGAUAUAUUGACGGUAGUAAUCCUAAUUUACACAACUGACAUAAUUGGACAUUAUAUUAUCGACUAUACGGUUGACUUUGGAUAUCCGAACUGUAUUUUAAUUGUAACAUUUUUAGAAGAACUUAUUUAUCGGUCAACCGGUGAUCAAUGUUGAUAACUUGAUUAUUAAAUCGUAAGUAUAACUAUAAUACUAUUAAUAUUUUAAACGCAAUUUACGUACAUAAUCUCGUCACCGUCGAAUAUUGUGUUAUUGUUAAAAAAAUUAUGAACUAAUUUUACACUGCCAUGAAUUGAAAAUGAGACGGACAGAAAGAAAAUUAUAUGUAUUGCUUUAGUUUGCUUUUACAAAAAAUUGUGUACAGUCAACAUAAAAUAAAGAUAAGAAUAAAUUGUUCCAGGCGUCAAAAACCUUUUUGGGUUUUGUGACGUCAAGUAUUUCAGAAGUUGUUUCAGAAUUGUUCUGAUUCAGAGAUAAAUGAUCACAAUGAUACGCCUUAUAUUCUCAAUGUACCGCAAUGUAAUCUAAUAAAAUAUAAAGUACUUUUUGUACAGAUUCGAUGAGGUAAUCUCAAUCAAUCUCCGCUACGACGUUAUACGACGUUUCUACAGCUUCCCCUAUUCGCCUCUGUGCCUUGUUAUAACAUGAAUAAUAACUAGUGCCAUUACUAAUAUGAUAGUGAGUAAAAGAAAAACAUAUUAUUUAUUUGAAAUAUAAAAAGUCGAUAUGUAGAAACGUAAAUGUAUGAAAAUUAGUGUUGUAAGUUUUAAUUAAAAUAAGAAUAAGUUUUGUCAUUUUUACAAGCUUUUAUUUCAUUUUAUAUUUUAUUUCUAAUUAUUAUUUUAAGUUUGUUGAUCAUGCUGAAUAAUUAAGUGUUAAAAUUAUACAUAUUUUGAUUUUAUACAAUUAAAGUAUGUGGGCUAUAAAAUUAAUGUGAAGCCAAUUCUGAUGCUAAUGUCUACGUACACAGUAAAGUGUCUGCUAGUAAUGGACGUUUCUGGUAACAGGAAAAAAUAUGUUUUAUAUUUAUUUGUUAGUCAUGAUUUUAUGACCCUAUUCCUAUAAAUUGACAGUUUCUGUAAUGAUGGCAAAAUUGCCUUCAGUUUUUUUUUGUUUAAUUUCAUUUGAUUUCAUUGUAAAUAUUUAGGUUUUUAUAAUUUAAAAAAGGUUAUAAGCAAUUGUGGCUUCUAAUAGUAGCUAAUAAAUAUUAACACAAUU